UGGAUCUACUUCCUGUAAUCAGGAAGGGAAAAGAAGGCGUUUGUACUGUCAUUUUUUUUACGGACAAAGAAAUCAUGUUUGCGUUUUUCCAAAGAAUAUUAGAUUGGUUUAGGAGUCUCUUCUGGAAAGAAGAGAUGGAAUUAACAUUAGUAGGGUUACAAUAUUCUGGAAAGACGACGUUUGUAAAUGUUAUUGCUUCUGGUCAGUUCAGUGAAGAUAUGAUUCCUACUGUCGGCUUUAACAUGAGGAAGAUAACAAAAGGAAAUGUAACAAUUAAGUUGUGGGAUAUUGGAGGCCAGCCUCGCUUUCGAAGCAUGUGGGAGAGAUACUGCAGAGGCGUGAAUGCUAUUGUAUUUAUGGUGGAUGCAGCCGAUCAUGACAAACUGGAGGCGUCUCGGAAUGAACUUCACAACCUGCUGGACAAACCGCAGCUGCAGGGAAUUCCUGUUCUAGUGCUCGGAAACAAGAGGGACUUGGCAGAGGCACUCGACGAAAAGGAGCUUAUAGAGAGAAUGAAUCUGUCAGCUAUACAAGACAGAGAAAUUUGUUGCUAUUCUAUAUCAUGCAAGGAAAAAGAAAAUAUAGAUAUUACAUUACAGUGGUUGAUACAGCAUUCCAAGGGAGGCCACUAAAGGCUGCAGAUUUCCAAGAGAGACCACUAGGGGUUGCAGUUUUCCACUCAGUUCUGUAUAUGAUGAAUGACUCUUGUGGAAAUAUACUUGCAGAAAGCGUCACUUUGAACUGAUCAGCAUAACCCUGCCAUGGAAAGGCAUUGUUUAGCACAUCUAUGUCCUGUAGUCACGUGGGCCGGCUGUCAGUCACAUGACUGCUCACAUGGCAGGCUUCUAGACUAGCUGACUUUGACAUUUUGCAUUGGCAGGCUCAUAUUUUUUAAGUUAUAUUUGUUCUCUGAUAUAAAUCUGUAAGUGUGCACAUGUAGAGGUCUGAAAGAGAUGUGUCUGUUUGCGUGUGUGUGUAAAUGUGUCUGUCGUAUUUCUAAAUGUGUCUGUCAUAUUUCUAAAAGAUCAAAACUAGAAAGUCAUUGUAGUGAUCAGUGUUUUAGUUUUUUUCUUUGUGUGUUUGUUCAAGUUAUUAGACAGCCCAGCAGUGACCACAUUAGAAAACAGUUCGUUUAUACACAUAUUCAAUAAAUAUGCUGUAAUCAACUGCCAAAAGAUAUUUCUUAAAUUGAUUUUAUUUUUAUAUUAAAACAAUAAUAAUAAUAAUUACUAUAAAUUUGUGAAAACUAGCUAAAAUAAAACAAUAAAUGUUACUCUUGUCAUUGCAGUAAUGUAUUUUAAUUAACUAAGUAAAAUUUCAAACAACAUUGUUAGUAUUUGUUUUUUAAUAUUUUCAUGACUGUUAAGAGAAUAUUGUAGUUUAUUUUAUUUGUCUUUUUGUUCAAGUAAUCCGAUUAGGUAAAGUUAUUUUUAUUUACCCUUUGUUACUUGAAGGUAUAUUUACCCGCUGCUUGUCUUUGAGAGUUGAGAUCAAGCCGGUGGGAUCAGCUACAGACCUACUGUGUUUGAUAAACUCCUAACACUGGCUUUUCGUUGAGAGUUGAGAUCAAGCCGGUGGGGUAAGCUACAGACCUACUGUGUUUGAUAAACUCCUAACACUGGCUUGUCGUUGAGAGUUGAGGUCAAGCCGGUGGGAUCAGCUACAGACCUACUGUGCUUUAUAAAACUCUUAACACUGGCUUGUCGUUGAGAGUUGAGGUCAAGCCGGUGGAAUCAGCUACAGACCUACUGUGCUUGAUAAACUCCUAACACUGGCUUGUCGCUUGUUCGGAGACCCUUGCUACGAUUUUACAAUGUAGUUUUUGUCAUUUGUAAAUAGGCUGGAUGUGACUUUAAUAUUAGUACAUUUACCCAUGCUUUCUGUUGCAGUUGGCAGUUUCUAAUACUCGCUAAUAAUUAUUUGUGCAAACAUUUUGAUGUGAUCACAGUUGAUUGUAAAGAAUGAGUUGAUGUCUACAGUUAAUGUAAUGGCAGUUGAUAGUAAACAGUGGGUUGAUGUCAAAGAUCUUGCACAGACCCUAGCGUUACUUUUGUAUAAAAUAUUCUGUCUAAUUCUCCCUUCCAAAAAACUCCAUAAAAUAUGGCUAUCUUGAACUAUCUAGCAACUAGUUUAAAUUUAUGUUUAAUCCAUGGACGAUAAGGCUUGUGUUUGUCUAAAACUGGAUUAUGAAUCAAAGUGACAUUAAAGUUGUAAUGCCCAGCAUGUCUUCAGCAAUGUACAGAAAAAAAUACUACAUCAAUAUUGUUUGAAAAUCUCAACUAUAAUAUAUCAUUAGUUUUCAUUGAACCAACACAAUGAGAACACUGAUACAUGACUAAUGUUCUUGAACUUACCCUUAUUUAUUUGUUAGUUAGUGGUACAGUACUCGCUCGAUGCGUGGUCGGUGUGGCAUCGAUCUCCGUCAGUGCACCACGACUGGUUUAUCAAAAGCCAUGGUAUGUACUACCCUUUCUGUGGGAUGA